GAAAUUUUCCCAAAUAAAAUCCUAAUUCUAAACGGAGCAAACGGGUAUUUGACUAGUUUACUUCCUCAGAUAAUCUGGCAGGGCUGUGGAUGAAAAAUGCAGGGUGCCCUUUGGGGUAGUGGCGUAAAUUUGGCAAGCAAGUAGAGGGAGUAAAAGGUAAAUAAAAAAAGUUUAGGCCAAUCAAAAACCAUUAGAUCACGAUCGCACAACGAAUAACGGUACACAGAGCAACACACAAUCUUUACCUUAUUUAUAAUUGCUAACCCUCCUCUCCUUCCCCAUCAAAACCCUAGUCUUCUGGUUUCAUCUGCGUCCUCGCUUCGGCACGCAAUCCCAUUCUCAGGAACAAUGAGUCGCCGUGAGAGUAGGACGCUCUACGUCGGCAAUCUCCCCGGUGACAUUCGCGAGAGGGAAGUGGAAGAUUUGUUUUACAAGUAUGGACCGAUUGCUCACAUUGAUUUGAAAAUUCCACCAAGGCCGCCUGGUUAUGCAUUCGUUGAGUUUGAAGAGAGUCGCGAUGCUGAAGAUGCCAUACGUGGUCGCGAUGGCUAUGAUUUCGAUGGGCAUCGGCUGCGGGUGGAACUUGCACAUGGUGGGCGUGGACAUUCGUCAUCGAUUGAUCGUUACAGUAGUCAUAGUGGUAGUCGGGGUAACCGUGGAGUGUCCCGGCGUUCAGAAUUUCGUGUGUUGGUCACUGGAUUGCCCUCUUCUGCAUCAUGGCAAGACUUAAAGGACCAUAUGCGUCGAGCGGGGGAUGUCUGUUUCUCCCAAGUUUUCCGUGAAGGCAGCAGCACAACAGGGAUUGUGGAUUACACGAACUAUGAGGACAUGAAGUAUGCGAUUAAGAAGCUUGAUGAUUCUGAAUUUCGCAAUGCAUUUGGUCGAGCUUAUGUUCGUGUGAGGGAAUAUGAUUCAAGUCGAUCUAGGAGUCGCAGUCGAUCUCGUUCAAGGGGCAAGAGCUAUAGUCGCAGCCGUAGUAGAAGUUAUAGUAAGAGCAGGAGCAGGAGCCGGAGCAAAUCUCCGAAAACCAAAUCUUCUCGCCGGUCUCCUGCUAGAUCUCGAUCGAGGUCUGUUUCCUCUCAUUCUCGCUCUGGAUCUAGGCCACGCUCAUUGUCAAGAUCACAAUCAAGAUCCAGAUCGCCAUUGCCGUCUCGUCAAAAGCGAGUGAGUAAAAGCCCAAAGAAGCGUAGUCUGAGCAGGAGCCCGAGCAAGAGCCGGAGCAGAAGUUUAUCCCGGUGAGGUGGGAUUGCGGAUGACAUCUGUAUACCUUGUUGGCCCAGAACAAAGGCAUGGGUUUUCACUCGAUCCAGUAAAUUGUUCUUGGUUGGAUGGAUGCCUAUUAUUAGACUAAUCAAACUGGGCUUGUAUGGAUUUUAAACAGUUGUGUUUUUUUUUUUGACCUUGAUGCUAGAUUCUUGUUGAAUUUGAACUUGUGUUUAGUAGCUACUCCAAGUCCAUAUUUGUGACUCUUGCAAUAUUUCAAGAGCUCAUCCUAAUAUUAUAUAUAUUAUCAGUGGCGGCUUAAGUUUUUGGACA